GUAGUUUAUAAGGUAAAGUUGUUAGAAUGUAGGGAGAUUAUUGAGACUGUCGAUACAAUAUGGAUGAGGUACAUACUGUUUCCUUGGCGGGGGGUGAGAGAGAAAUCACAGUAAUUCCACACGGAAGAACAACAAGACGUCCCAGCACGGAUGAAAUUAAACAAGUGGGCAGUGAAUCAAAGUUUCAUGUAACACCAGUAUCUGAAGAAGAACACGAACUGAACAACACUGUGCCAGCUCGUCCAACACCAGAGUUAAAGUUUGACAUCGAUGAUGAAGCAGACACUCUUAGUAAUCACAACAGUAUCACAGCACUGCUGUCCUCCAAAUUCAGGGAUAUACAGAAGAGGCUCAAACAGUAUGGUAUUGAAUCGCCACGAUUUAGGAAAAGGCUGGUAUCCAGAUGGGAGAGCAUGAAUUAUGAUGUAUGUGAGAAUGUGUUGUACCUUAAAGAUCAAGAAAAGUAUAAGUCAAAGAAAUGGGUGACUCUGAGAUGGUUGAGUAAGUGGUUGGUAAUGUUUUUCAUUGGAUUAGGAACAGCUCUGCUAGCAGCAACCAUUUAUUAUGUUGUGGAAAAGCUUGCACACUACAAAUUUGAAUUAAUUCAACACUAUUUUGAUGAAUGUGCCAAAAAUAAUUGCUUGUAUCAGCCUGCUUUACUGUGGAUGGGCAUCAACUUGGUGGUAACAUUAGCAGGAGCAUCUCUGGUCACAUUUUUACAGCCAUUGGCAGCAGGGAGUGGUAUUCCUUACAUUAAGUCAUACCUAAAUGGGAUCAAGAUUCCAGGCUUGCUGACAUUCCGAGCCUUUGUUGCUAAAACUGUGGGUGUUGUUUUGUCCAUUCUUGGAGGGCUGGCCUGUGGAAAGGAAGGCCCCAUGGCCCACUCUGGCAGCAUUAUAGCAGCAGGGUUUGGAAGAGGAAGAAUUAAUUUUUGCAAUGGGAAGACUCUCAGUUUCUAUUCAGUCUUUCGCAAUGAUCAUGAGAUCCGAGAUUUUGUUGCUGGGGGUGCAGCCUCGGGAGUGUCCUCAGCCUUUGGUGCCCCUAUUGGGGGAACGCUCUUUAGUUUAGAGGAAGCUGCCAGCUUUUGGAAUCAAGACCUUACAUGGAGAGUUUUUUUCUCCUCAAUGGUAGCUUGUUUUGCCACAAACUUUCUAAUCAGUGCCAUAAAUGGAGAUCCCACAAAGUUAGCAGACCCAGGCUUGGUCCGAUUCAAUGCCUUUAAGUUUGAUUUAAAGUUUGACCUGAUUGAAAUUCCAGUCUUUAUAUUCAUGGCAGUGAUAGGUGGGUUAACUGGUGCCCUCUUUGUUGUGAUGAAUUAUAAACUCACAGUUUUUCGAAAAAGGUAUCUGGACAAGAACUGGAUAAAAAUAAUAGAGGCCGGGCUAGUGGCAGUGGUAUCUGCUGCAGUAGCAUUCGGAUUGAUGGUUGGAGUCAACGAAUGUACAGACAAAGCCCCAUUUGACAGCCAUGCAGUCACUGCUUCCGUGUACUGUUCAGAUAAGAAACAUAACAGUUUGUCCACAUUAUUUCUUACUACACCAGAGGGGUGUCUGAAGGCCCUGCUUCAUGAUCCAUUUGAGAGCCAUGGUCCAGUGAGUUUAGUGGCCUUUAUUCUCGUCUUCUUCUUACUUGGGGUAUGGACCUAUGGACUGAGUGUAUCCAGUGGUGUCUUUAUCCCAUGUCUGGCUAUUGGGGCUGCCUGGGGAAGACUUGUCGGUAUAGGGGUGGCUAACAUGAUGCCAGAAAACCCUAAUCUGGCAGCCAAUAGCUCACUGAUAAAGCAACUAGAUGUUGGUAAGUUUGCUCUGAUUGGUGCAGCCUGUCAGCUGGGUGGUAUCCUGAGAACUACCAUCAGUCUCACUGUCAUUAUCGUGGAAUGUACAGAUGACAUUUCAUUUGGACUUCCCAUCAUGAUUGUCCUCAUGAUUUCUAAGUGGGUUGGAGAUUUCAUCACCACUGGUUUGUAUGACAUGAAUGUUGAGGUGAUGGGCCUUCCUACACUACCGUUUGAGUGUCCGCCACUGUGUGACGACCUCAGAGCAAGUGAUGUCAUGAAUGCUCCACUUGCCACUUUUAAAACAAAGGAAAAAGUGGAGAACAUUUACAGGAUGUUGAAGGAAGAGACAUUUUGUGGAUUUCCUGUCAUUGAAGAUGAUCCUAGGACCCCAGGUAAAGGCAAGCUAAAGGGACUUAUUCUCAGGAAUCAGCUACUGGUUCUACUGAAGAAAAAGAUAUUCUGUCCAGAGGGCCAGGUACCACCAAGAAAUAUAACCAUCAAGGACUUCCGAGAUUUCUAUCCGGUGUAUCUGAAAGUUUCAGAAAUAGAAUUAUCAGAGGAGGAGAUGACAUAUGUUAUGGAUCUGAAGCCAUACUAUAACCCCUCCCCCUACACUGUGGAACAGAAAUUCUCACUGCCCCGUGUGUUCAACCUCUUCAGGGGUCUUGGACUUCGGCAUCUCAUCGUCACAGAUGAAAAUAAUGUGCCUGUGGGUAUAGUAACAAGGAAGGACUUGGCUAAAUUCCGGGUAGGGUCAAAGAGAGGACUAGUGAAAAUUGAACAGCUGAAAAUCCAGGACAAGUGAGAGAAACAGUUCCAUGACAGGAGUCUCUCUGUAGCCAUGUAGCGGAAAACUGCAAACCUAUAUCUGACUUAGAGCUAGCAAUGCUAAAUCAUGGUACUCUAGUGUUCAUUGUUCUCAGGGGAACAGACACACAGAUCUCCAUACGCUGUGAUUCCAUGGGCUGGUGGGUCAUCGUCCGUCGAUCAGGAUCUUCACAUCUUAAAAUAAUUCUAUAGGAAUAAGGCUUAGUAUAGUAUGUGAACAAAGCGAUAUGUAUUUUAUACUACCUAUAUCUAUGCAAUUAUGGUGUUACAUUGUUUUUUUUUUUGUUACUGAUGAUUGUGUUUUCUAUAACAAUGAAUUAAUGAAGGCUUUGAUGAACUACAUUCCAUAUUGUAUAUAGCAUACAAUUUACAAUGUAGUGGGACAGAGGCCCUUGGUUUUAUACUGUAACAGAGUAAUAUAAUGUUCAUUUUGUAACUUGAUGCAUUCCAUAAAGGGUAAUUAUGACAGUACAAAUGUGUUUUUUUAACUAGGCUGUGUCUGGUGUUGAACUUUUUGGGGAACUGGUUUCCUCAGAAAAUCAAAUAAUCUACAACAAAUAUUCAGCAAUUGUACAUGCAUUGUCAGUGCAGCAAAGGAAUUCUGUUUUUAUUGUGGUUGUUGUUUUACACACUGGGUAUUCUAUUUAUGCCAUAGACAGUUUGUGCCAAACAUUUUCUUGGUUUUACCUAAGAAGUAGAUUUUUUUCCCCUGUUUUAGCAGGGCUCUCACACCAGUUUUUGGGACUGGGGCUGGGGCUGUGAAAAUUGGGAAAAUUAGUGACCUUUUGAGGAAAUUUGGGAAAAUCAUAACUAGACAACAUCCAUUAAAUUCAUUAUAUAUUGAGUUUCUGGUGGUAGUUAUCAACUAAAUAUUUUACUAAAUGUUCUUUAAUAUUUGGGGAAGUGACCAACUGGGAAAAUUAAAACAUUAAAUUGGGAAAAAAGGUACCUUUUUUGAAUUGGGAAUGGGGCCUUUAAACGGCCCCAAUUAUAGAGAAUCGAGAGCCCUGUUUAGGUGGACAUUUUAUUGAGUGAAAAGUGCUGUGUGGUGUUGUCCAUUCCCAAUAUUCCCAAUAUUUGCUUUAAACUUUUUAUUAUUGUUUUAGAAAACCCAUUUUAGCCACAAUUUGGUGCUUAUUAUGUAGGGGGGAAACCAUAUUCUGUACAGUUAAUACGUUAUUAAUAGAAAAAUAUGACAAAAAAUGUUAAUUCUUCAGCAUCAAAUUGUUUUCACUGGCAUUUGAUUUGUAUCUUUAUCAGUAGACAUUUUUCCAUUUCCAUUUUUACUUGUAACAAUGUAUAUGCUUUAAUUUUACGCAUGAAUGUAGUCAUGUGGCAGGGAACUGCAUGUCUAUUGUCCAAUCCAUAAUAUUGAAUAAUUUUUUUUAAUUUUUGGAAUACCUAGUCAUUCAGUGUUGAUUAUUAUUUUGUAAAUGUGGACAUACAAUCGAUGUCUUUCUUGUUGGCAAACUUUCCAUUUCAUACCAAGCUGUGAUAACCUGUAUUGAUAAGUCCCUAUAUUGAACAAAUUAUUUAUACGAGUCAAUCCUAUUUCAGUUGUCUUCUUUUUCUACUUUGUUGUAAGAGUGAAUAUUCCUAGAAAAAUAGAAAUUUGUAUUUUAAUAACCUGAAUUCAAUUGGUAUUUUAAUUCAAACUUUUAUCACUAUCUCAUUGUACUUUAAACCAGAUACAUUAUUGUACACUUUUCCAGGGAUACCAGUAAUGACAUGUACUCAACAGUUGAGAAACUGAUGAUCUGUACAGCUGUAAUUGUUAGUUGGUCAAAUGUAAACAUUUACCAAAAUUUGUUUUAUUUUCCAUAGUUUUGGAUUGGUUAAAUACUUCAGAAAAUGUAUGAGUUAAUUAAAAGUGAUCCUGA